AUGGAGGGAUCUCAAAUAAUCAAAGGAAUAUUUUUCGUAACCAAACAUCCUACCAUGCCAAAGGCCCGGCAGCACGGUGUUGGUUACUACGCUUUUUCCACCGAUCGGGAGGAACGCACCCGGCAGCAAAACGAGCUGGACUCGAUCCGGGAGUCUACCCUGGAAGCCCAAAGGCAAAAAGACAACCUACGCCAAGCUCGCGAUAGAAUAAUUGCCGAUCGGGUUAAGGCGGCGAAAGCACGACAAAGGGCUCGUCUAGGGCUGCCUCCGGAACUGGAAGAAUCAGAGGAAAAGGGUGCCGAGAAGAAUGAAUCGGUGGGAAAAUCUGAAGAGGACAAUCAAUCGGCGGUAGGCGGAGAUGAUUUGUAUGACAAUACCGAGGAAAAAAAAAGGCUUAAAGCCGAAGCAAAGGCCCGCAAGAAGAAGGAAAAGGAGGAACGAAAGCGGGAAAAGGAACGCGCAAAACACGUUCGUCCCUGGGAUGCCGGGAAGGAACAGGACAUCGACAAGGAAUGGAAACCGGCCAAGGAAUGGUACGUUAUGUCCCAGGAAGAAUGGAACGAAAUAAAAAGAAAUGAGCGAAUACCUGAAUUUGCUCCCCCGGUAGAAAAACCGCCUCCACCGUUCAGAAUGGCACAACGAGGCGAACGUGUUCCAGUGAAAACUUCAUUUGUGCAAUCGAGGAACGAUGAGCAUGACUCCGAUGAACCGGGAGAGGAUGAGGGUGGCUUUGAGCCGAUUGGACCACUUCCGCCCGAUCGAUUAUGGUCCGCCGAGCACAGAAUAGCUAAUAAUCCACUUCAACCGGACAGUGUAGGCUUGGGGCCACCCCCAUCCAGGCGAUUCCCGGACGAGGACGAGGACGUCGUCAAUAUGCCAACCGUUCCGCCGGGUACGGAAGAUAUUCUUUUACCGGAGCAACCGCAACGUGCACUAUUCUUCACCACCAAGAAAACGACGACAACAAAAACGCGGCAAGAGUUUAAACGCCGGAACUACGAGUCUGCUACUGCUAGCGACGAUAACUGGGGUGUUACAGGUCAGCAGCAACAAAAAAGACAUAAACCACAGCAGCAACAGCAAAAUUCCAUUCCCAUUCGGAAUGAAUUGAGUGAUGGGUCGUCGUCGGGCGAUGAAGAUGGAGCCAUGCCUCGGCAGGGUAACGGAGUUGAAAUUGCGCCACCACCCACGUGGGACUAUUACGGGCCUUCAUCCUCUUCUGGCGGUGCAGCAACUCGGCGACCGGCAAAAUCGACGGCAACGAAAAAUGCCUUGGAAGCAUCGAUUGAAGCUGGCCUUCGCUUUUUGCGGGAUCAAUCCGAUAAAGGUGGACCCACAGUUGGAACGAAAAACAAGUGGACGUCCAAUGCAGACUAUUGACUACACAGUUAGAAAAAUCCUUGUAAAAUUACAUGCAACUGCAUGGGUAGAAGAGAAUCGGGUAUUUACAUGUAUCAAUACGGCUUAAUUCAUGUAAACUUCCCAUCGCCUUCAUCUGAUUUGUUUACUGUAAACCUACAUUUCCAAUCAUUCUUCUUGGUAUGGUUGUUUAUCCAAUAAGAAAAGCAUCGAUAUUUGUCGAUAAGAGAUUUUAAUACCUUACACAUACAUUUUAUAUGAUCCACACAAGAAAAAUUGGUAUUCAAUAAAUUUUCACGAAAACCGGAUUUUUUUGGUGCUAUUCCCCCGACGACGGCUACGGCAAUUGACAUGCUGGUAGGAAAAUAAGUUGCCAUACACUUGGAGUAACCCGAUCUUUCGUUGAAUUAAAGUGGGAUUUUUUCUGGAACAAAUAAAAUUGACAAUUUGAUAUAAUGAUUACAAUAAUUAGGAGGGUAUAAAAUUUUAUUUCUCACUUACUUGCUAUAAAACGCAGCAUGCCUUACCUCGAUUCGAACAGAAGCGAACAGCACACGAGCAGGUACAACAAAAUACGGUCGAACGUUGCGAACACUAAGAUUUACAUGAAAUUGCAAGAAAAUUGAUGAAUUUCGCCUUCGUCGGGAAUCCAAUAAGAACGAAAACAAAACAGAAUUGACAAACUGACGUUGACGCUGGAUUUCGCAUGCGGUGACAUGUAAAGUUCAUCUUAGCCUUUAGAUGUUAUACUCUUUUUCAUAUUUUUCGUGGCGAUGAUGUGAAAACGUGCAAUGUAAGAUUACAUUUUUCUUUCUGUGUAGGAGCUGAGGCUUAUGUGGGAGCAAAGGAAAUCAACACUUGAGUUUCUUUUUUUCUGUCGGUAGUCUCAUACCACCUCUACUUAGCCUUAAUGGGACUUAGCUGCUAUG